AUGGCUUCGACCUUUGCCGUGGCCCCUGGCUCUCUCAACGGCCGGGACUCCGAGCCCCGCCGUCUUUCCCCGCCUGCCUUCGCCCAUCAGCGCCUCUCGCUCUCGCCCGACGACAGCAACCUCGUCUGUAGCCAGUUCGCCUCCCCUUCCGGCGACCUAUCCGACACGCCUGCCGGCUCCUCCACCAACCUGAGUCACUACCAGCCCAGCGACCUCGGCGACUUUGACGGCGACCCCUUCUUUGGGGCAGACUUCGCCAACUUGCAAGCCGACACCCCGUCCUUCCUCGACGACCAGUCUGCCUUGGACCAACCAGCCCUAUUGACCAGCGCCCCUCAUCGCCGACAUGAAAUUGGCGACGGCACUUCGUAUCCUCUAACCCCGACGCACACGGCCUCUGUCCACACUACCACGCCGCGGAGUGAAGCCAGGGACCCGGGCCCCAUGCCAACCCCAGACCCUCCCAUGCUUUGGGUCUCUCCAGAGCAGCUCCAAAAGUCCUUUGAGCCCACCCGCAUCACCAUUGAGGCGUCCAACCUCACGCCUAGCCACACCAGCAGCAACCGUACGAGCGAGGACGGCCUAGCUCCGGCCCCCGUUGUCAUGGACCCUCCGAGCCCAAGGGUCACUGUGUCCGUGUGGGACAAGGACUACGGGUCACGAGCCCCCCCCGUAGAACGAAGCUUUGACGACAACUCAAAUGCGACGCGAGGCGACAUCCGCUCCGCAGGCGAUCUCAUCUCCUCGGCCCACGGCCCCGACUUCAUCCCCGGGACCCGAGUCUCGCGAGGUCGGUGGCAGGCCGACCCGGCCACGCAGCGCCGGGGCCUUGAUCCUGAACGCCGCCCUGCAGGUGAGACCCCGAGCAUCAAAGAGGUCAUGGCCCAAAGAAGUGCCCGGGAACGUAACCAAGAGGUCGACAAGUGGCUCGCCGAGCGUCUCGAUGCCGCAUUGGCCUAUCACGCGACCGACUUUCAGGCCCUUGAGCAGUCGACCUCUGACCACGAUGACGGCAUCCCGCUCGGCGACCAAACUGAGAACAAAUACCUUGCCGGACAGACUUAUUACAAUGAACAGGGCUCCGGCCAGAUGAGCCAGGUCGAUCGCGACAUCAUUGCGGCAGACCACAAGUGGGCAGAUGCCCCGGUGCUCCCUCACAUCACCCGGGGCGUCUCCGAUCCCUGCCAGCCGCAAUCAUCCCAGGCUGCCAUUGACAAGUUUGAGAGAAUGUGUCGCGACAAUGACUCGAUAAUCUCGAGAUCGGCGACGUGGGGCACUCGGCGGCGGAGCCAUCCCAGCGUUCUCGACUUGGCUGUCGAAACAAGCACGAGCGGAGGCUUCUUGAAGAAGCUGUCCAUGAGUCGAGGCAGCGGCGACAAGAGCAGCAAGUCAGGCAGCUUGCUGAGAGACCUUCGUGGCCUUGUUAGACGGCCAAGCGUCAGCUCCCUGCGCAAGCGCUCUCGCAGUCGCUCCCGCAGCGGCAGAGAUGACGAGGCCGCCGCGCAGCCGGGUGGAGAGCAGCAGGUCAAACGCGAGAGCACGCCCCAUCUCUCGCCCACAUCGGGAACGCCAAGCUGGGCAAAGAAGUCUACGCCGAGCAUCAACACGGCGCUGGCCUCCAUGGCCCAUAACUUUGUCUCCAUGGGGUCGUCCCGUUCGCGGAGCGGGUCCAUCAGCGGCACGACGCCGGCAGCCUCCCCCAAGAACAGCCUCACCAGCAGCCUCAGUGUCAGAAACACGCUGAGGCGUCCGCGCAGCAAGUCGGAGAUACCAAAGACGUCCGUCACCCCGGCCAACCCCACCGAGAGCCACCCGAAUCUCGUCGGGAUGUGGAAGAGAUCCGGCGGCCCGCCGGUGGCGACUCUCGGCAAGUCGAGCGACGCCCACGCCGACGACGACGAUGACGACGACGACGAGGAGCUCUACGACGAAAACGACGUCAAGGCGAACCCCAACAUCAUCGACGACAUCCCGACCAACUUUGCGGGCUUCCAGCAGCAUGUCCUGACCCUGAACCCGGGCCUGGACAAAACCCACGGCUACUUGGUCGACCGCAUUGCUCAGCAGCAAGUCGUCAGGUUUAAACUCCUGCUGAGCGCAAAGGUCAAGCACCUCGGCCUCGGCGCAGCCUGCCCAUGCGGCACGCCGUGCGCGGCACUGGGGGAUUCCGCCAACGCCCUCGACCAGAGAGGUGACGCCUGGGGGAUGGAACCCUUCCCGACGCAGUUGAACGACGGCGACGACGCCGCAUCGAACGAGGGUGUCAUCACCCAGGAGAGCUUCCCUCAAGACAUUCCCAUGCCCCCGACGCAGCGCCUACCGGCCGAAUUUGAGUGCCAGCUCUGCUUCCAGCGCAAGAGGUUCCAGAAGCCGUCAGACUGGACCAAGCACGUGCACGAGGACGUGCAGCCCUUUACCUGCACCUGGGACAAGUGCCGGGACCCCAAGUUCUUCAAGCGCAAGGCCGACUGGGUGCGUCACGAAAACGAAGGCCACCGACACCUGGAAUGGUGGACUUGCGAUGUCGACGACUGCCGGCACACGUGCUACCGACGGGACAACUUUCUGCAGCACCUGGUGCGCGAGCACAAGUUCCUGGAACCAAAGGUCAAGACAAAGGCGGCCAUGAAGCGGGCGGGAGGGACGGAUCCGACCUGGCACAAGGUGGAGCAGUGCCACAUCGAGACAUCGACGCGGCCGCAGGAGGAGCCGUGUCGGUUCUGCGGCAAGGUGUUCCCGACGUGGAAGAAGCUGACGGUGCACCUGGCCAAGCACAUGGAGCAGAUUUCGCUGCCAGUGCUUCGCCUCGUGGCGGCCAGGGCCAAGGAGCUGGACGCCGACACCAUUCCAGACGACUCCGGCCACGGGAUACCCGGGCAUGUCGGGGCAGCAGGACCAAUACCAGGGCGAGGGCCAUGA